AUGUCCAAAUCUCCUUCGCAACACUCAGACGUCAUCUUGCGACUCCGCCCGCACCUCGUCAAGCCGGGAUCUUCUGCCCCCGAACAGGAAGGUUCGACCGCCGCCGCAACUCCGUCGUCAGCCACUCGACGAACCGCCGCCCUUCUUUUGCGCUUGAACGAUCGUGUAGUUGACUCUGCUGACGAUGGUGAAUAUAUGGAGAUGGGCGCUGAGGGGGAAGAGGAUAUCGAAAUGGAGGGCGAAGUGGAGCAGGACGAAUUAGAGGAAGAUGAACAGGAAGUCCCGGUAGGAGAGGGAUCAAACGACUUUCCCGGCAUCGAAGACCUGGGUUCGAGGCUAGCACAAUCUCGAAUUGUGACCAAUCCCGUUCCUCCCGUCACCCCCGCGCGGCAAUCCAGCGACGAGCUCCAAGAAGUGGGGUAUUUAACUCCUUAUGUCGCCUCCGCCAAGAGUAAGAAAGUCGCUGUUGGUGAUCGUGUGGAGAUUCCACCCUCUUCGGUGUCGGUGACCAACGGGACUGUAAUCGUGUCCCACGGUUCGACCGUCACCCGCUUUCAUGACGUACGGGUUCGAGUGUCUCCGCACAUGUCCAGGGGUCAAUUGGAUCCAGAACUCGUGCUAGCAGAGGUGGACGUCGAAGAUCGGUGUGAAGGUUGCCGUAACAUCCAGACCAAGUUCCUCCCCGCCACCGUGAAAAAGAUGUCCUACAUGGCCCCCCUAUUCGUCGCCCUAGACGAUUCGGUCCAUAUUGGUGGAAAAUGUUACUACUGCCAACUCACCGCUCGUCCCUGUUCCCUCGGUUCGUCCGGCAAACAUGGCUCCCGGUCAGCGCCAAAAAUCACCUAUCCGUUUCAUCGGUCCAUGUUUCGGGGGUUCCAAGUUCUUGGGGGGAUCCUAGUGUCAAUGGUAGACGAUGGGAAUACCUCCUUUUCUCAGCUGGGGGUGACGGGGUUGAAAGAAUUAACGAGAAUGGCCAAGGACCUGGAUCGCUCCAAAAUGGUGCCGGGAAUGUUCGAAGAAGCGGACGAGGUCCUCGCCGUGUCCAAGAAGAAGAUUCCCAUCCCUCGCUAUCAUUGGAGGUAUCGUCCUGUCCGGCACCCCUCCGACUCCGAGUACACUGACGAGGACCGUCCCUCCAGUCCUUCGGGCGUCGAAUCAGACAAUGUGUUUGUCGAACGUGACCGUUCGACCAGGGGGAAAGGAAAGGAGAAAGUCACUGUUCGGCCAGGAAAGGGGAAGAAGGGGAAGACCGUGGAGAAGAAGCGAAAGCGCGCGGUGGAGGAUGAGCACGAAGAGCAGGAAGAGGUUCCACGGGUUUUGCGUCCCCGAAGGUCGAAGGCAAUCCUUCGAUCGUUGUUGGUGACGCCGCCCAGCGAAGAAGAGGGAGAAGAGUGGGAACCCGAUUUCGAGACUUCCGGGGGCGAAGAUGAGGAGCACGCGGGUCCGUCAACUAGGGAGGCGAAAAGGAGUAGGAUGGAGAGGAGUAAGAGGAGGACGGGACGGAGGUGA